AAAACGAAAGUUUGAAGUGAGGUUAUCUGGCAUAUUGGGGCACUCAGUGAAAACAACACUGAGAAACCUCAUAUUUAGGACUCUCCAGCAACAUAAAAGGAUUUCAUAAAGAGGCGGACCCAUGUAACACUUUUUUAGGAAAAGUGAAGAUUCUGUACUUGGUAAGGGACACAUUUUCAUGAAUAUUUAUAAUUAGGAUGGAUAAAUACCCCAUGGCAAAGUCUCCCGUGACCUGCAGGACCAGGAGAGAUCCACUUGUCCCACACUGGUCAUUGUGGCCUCUCCUCUCCAUGGCUCCCCUGGCUCAGACCCUGGCACUGCUGGCAAUGGCCAUGGCCACCACGGCUGUUGAUGUCAUCCCUCUGGACAUGGCCCUGGACUCCUUCGAUGACCAGUACCAGGACUGUGGCACUAAAAUGAUGGCGGAAUUGUCAGCCCUCAACCACUCCGAGUUCCAGCAGAAUCCUCUUUUUGCCCAGGCCUGGCUUAAUGCCACAGCCGUGUGGCGAGGUCAGAAGUGCCCUGUGCCCUCUCUGUCAUCUCCAGCCCAGGCCAUCGCCCUCAUGGCCUACACGAUGGAUGAGCUGUACAGAGAGUUCAACGCAGCCGUGCGUGUGGCCGGGCGCUCCCGCCAGGAAUACCGGGACAACUUCCACUUCAAAACGCUGCAUUUCCUGCUGACCCAGGCCCUGGUGACGCUGAGGCAGGCUCAGAAUGGGCAGUGUCACAACGUGUCCCGGGGGGUGCGCAUGUACAAGUUCAAGGCAAAGCCCGGUGACAUCGUCCGGUUUGGUCAAUUCUCUUCAGCAUCAGAGAGUGAAAAAACUGCCAAGCGCUUUGGGAGUGCCACAAUGUUCCAGGUGUACACGUGCCACGGUGCAGCAAUCUGGAAUUUCUCCAAGUAUCCUGGUGAGAAGGAAGUGCUGAUCCCACCCUUUGAGACCUUCAAGGUCGUCGAAGUCAGCCAGGAAGGGGACAGUGCAUGGAUCCAGCUCUGGUCCAACGGGACCUUCAGCAAAUACAACUGCGAGUGGCUGCAAGGUGACGUCACAGGUGGAAGCAUCCCCAGGGCUCCCUUUCACCUCGGAGGACUCUUGGCCACCACAACCUUGGCAGCGGCAACAGGGAUCCUGUGAGCCAGCAGGCGACCAAAGUCACUGAGGUCACUGUGGUCACUGUGGCCACCACGAUCACCAAAACCUCCAGGACCCUCAGAGAAACAAGACCACCAACGCUACCAUGGCCACCACUGCCACUCUGGCCACUGUCGCAGACAUUUUUUCAUAGAAAUCCUUUCUUUGGGAUUUGUGCAUCUUCUGGGAAGCAGAGCCCCAGAAGAAGGAUGUAAAUAAUUGUUAUCGGCUGCUGUGAAAUGUAGCAGGUGCCCCUGUGAUUGGAUCAGAUUCUGUGUUUACAAUUGGCGCCCAAUCACAGGACCAAGCUCGGGACAGAUUCCCUGGAUACAGAACUUUAUUAUUCAUUCUUGCUAUUCUAUUCUUAGCUUAGCAAGCCUCUGCAACUUCUCUCCUUAUUCUUUUUAGUAUAGUUAUAAUGUAUUAUAUAUCAUAUAUCAAUAAAUCCAGCCUUCUGAUCAAGAA